AUGAUGUCGAUUAUUAUCACUUUACUGAUGAAUCUCUUCAUAGAAACCUCUGUGUCAUUGACUGUAUUGGUUCCUGGUGAUCCUGUAGUGGCUCAUGUGGGAUCUACAGUGAUUCUUCCCUGCUGGAUCUCUCCUGCUCAGAACGCUGAAGCUCUGGAGAUCCGCUGGUACCGUCACGAUCAGUUCAACAACCCUGUUCUGCUCUAUAAUCAAGGGAAGAUCCAAUACAUCCAGGAAUGUUUCAGGGACCGAAGCUCUUUGACUCUGCGGUCAGAUCAGUCUGGUGGACUGAAGGAUGGAGACGUCUCUCUACAUCUGGAGAAACUCACAUUUCAGGAUGAAGGUUUAUUUCUCUGUUAUGUGAGUGGAGACAGAGAAUAUGACAGCAAAGAGGUGGCUCUCAGCAUCACAGAAUCAUCAGGUACAUGGAAGGCACAUUUCGUUAGCGUUCUCAUUGUUCUCGUGUGUCUGAUUCUGGGUUUAGUUGGGUUCAUUCUCUACAAAUACAGAGACAAACUAACAGGAAAGAAACCAGGUGAAGAAAGUUGUGAGGAGGAAAAAGCAGUUGAUGUCACUAUUGAUCGUCAGCGUGUAUGUCCAAACCUGACAGUUUCUCAGGACGGUAAAUCUGUGAAGCAUGCUCCAGAUUAUAAACACACUGGAGAGGCAUUUCCUUACAAAUUAUGUGCAUUUGGAGCCCAAAGAUUCUCCUCCGGUCGUCACUAUUGGGAAGUAGAACUGGCAGUUCCACCUAAUCCUUCCAAAAACUACUGGUUAAUUGGUGUGACGAAAGAGGGAAAUGUUAUUUUAAGAGACAGAUAUGCUUUAACUCCAUUAAACGGUUUCUGGUUCUUGUAUUCAAAAGGUCCUAAUGGCUUUCACACAAACACUAAUCCACCAGUUAAACUCCCACUGACUCCGAGACCUGAGCGACUGGGAGUUCUGUUGAAUUAUUAUGAAGGUCAGCUGUCAUUUUACAACGUCAAAGAGAGAAAACAUCUCCUGACCAUUAAAACCAAAUUCCCUGGAUCAGUCCGUCCUCUCUUCAGUCCUGGAGCUGGUGAUCAGAGUGAGAUUAGAAUCCUGGAUUGUACAAAACCUGCAGAACCAGCUGCAGACUCCAGUCAACCUUUACUGAAGAAGAGUGGCGCAGUGUAA